AUGUUCCUCAGAGUGCAAGUGCUCUCGGCGACCGAGCGGACAUUCCGAAAGUCAGCACCUCAGUUUGAGAUUGCAGACAUCUAUGCGGGCAAAGACUAUGAUGGCGCUCUUGUGAAUGACCUCUCCGAUGUUCAUGCUUUUGUGUUGAAGUGGUUUGGCAAGGGGCAGGGUAAAUGUUCGGAGCCUUGGGAUGGCCUGGUGCAAGACACCACGAGAUCCUGCGCGCUCCGGCACAUGCCCGAGCAGGACUGCUGCUGCUGGGAGGCCUCAAUCAAGGAAGAAAUGCGCUGCCUGCCGACGGGCGUGACAGGCUUGUCAGCAGCGCCUGUUGUCCUUCGAGGCAACUAUUCAAUCACUCAACGAGAGAUAACGUAUUAUGAGAUUCCUAGGCACUGGCCACAUGGGGAAAUCACUUUUUCUUCCCCCAGUCCAGAAACAAAAGAGGAUAUACUGCCAUCAGCAUUUUCGUAUCUAGGGUCCACUUGGACAAAAGGGACUCAAUGGCAGUGGACCUGUGAUCAAAAGGAGGAAGUACCGAAAGUUGUUUAUCGUGAUUUGCCCACUAAACGGCGUGCUCAUGACUAUGUUCCCUUUCGGGAACACAAGACCGAGUGCCUCGUGUACAGUUUCAUUCGGCUCUGCCCGGAGGGUGAGGGCUUGUAUGUCAAACAGCCAAAUGAGGGAGAUUGCUUCCAGGAACCAGGGUUGGCUGUCGAAAAGAGUACAGUAGAGAAUUGA